AUGGCUAGGGAGAGCAUAUUCUGGCCAGGUAUGAAUUCCCAGAUUGAAGAAUUAGUGUCGAACAGUUCCACAUCUCUUCAUCACGCUAGUGCCAACCAACGAAAACCACUUCAUCCACAUGAAAUUCCCAGUCGACCCUGGCAAAAAGUCGGCACUGAUCUUUUUGACUGGAAUGGAAAACCGCAUCUAAUAGUCGUUGACUAUUACAGCCAAUACCCCGAAGUUUCUGAACUUCGAAACACGAAAGCACGGACAGUCAUCAACAAGACAAAGUCCAUAUUCAGUCGACACGGAAUCCCAGAAAGUGUAGUCUCCGAUAACGGCCCACAGUACUCAUCCGAAGAGUACAAACAGUUCGCUAACGACUACAACUUCAUCCAUAACACUAUCGGCCCGAGAUACCCCCAGUCUGGUGGUCUACAUGAAAAGACAGUCCAAACAGUCAAGAACCUUCUUGAAAAAUGCAAAGUCGCCAAUCAAGACCCAUAUCUCGCGUUGUUAGAUUACCGCAACACCCCUAUAGAUGGCGUCACCCCAGCACAAGCCCUAAUUAGCAGACGACUCCGCUCACCCCUUCCCAUAUCCCAAAGAAAUCUUAAUCCAAAACCUGUCAACAGAACCACUUUCCACGCAGCACGUCAACAACAGCAACAACAACAGAGAAAACACUAUGACCGCACUGCUAAGUGUCUGCCACCAUUAGAAAAAGGUGAUACAGUGAGAUUUAAGAAAGAUCCUCAAGCAGCAUGGACCCGUGGGACGGCGAUACGAAAGCACGAAGCACCACGAAGCUACGUAAUAAAGGGUGAGAACGGGACGGAAUAUCGACGGAAUCGCAGACAUCUACGAAAGACUAGAGAACAUCAAGCUGACCUAGACACACCGGAUAUUGACGAUCCCCAAGACCCGAUCCCACAACCAACAACCAAUGCAGAAAGAAACAACAUCCAAAUCCCAAUAGCGCCAAACCUACCCCAACUGAAGACAAGCCGUUAUGGCAGACGGAUAAACCAGAAUCCGAACUACAAGACGUGA